GCGGGAGGGGCGCGGGGUAGUUGUCAUGGUACCCGAGAGGCCCGGGAUGCUUAUUGGCCGCCGACGUCUACGCUGAGGUUAGGCUCCAGGGCUGCAGCUGCCUGGGAGAGAGAGCCCUCCUUUCCAGUCUCAGCUCUGUUGUGAGGGAGAGACCUCUCCUUCCCAGCCCCAACUCGGGGGCUACGGGGGGGGGGGGGAGAGAAGAGAGAGAGCCCAUCCAUCUCACUAGAAAGUCAACAUUGAAGCACACACCUAGUAGAACUCUGUAAGAUUUCAUUUUGUUCAGCCAGUAGCAUGAGCUGGGAUGACUUGCGUUGCAAAGAAGUGUGGCAUUCGCUUUCAGCCUCCAUCCGUUAUCCUGAUCUAUGAAGAUAAAAACAAGGAUAGAGCACGCCAGCGCAUCAUGCCUAUCCGAAACUUCUCCAAGUUCUCAGAUUGCAGCAGGGCUGCAGAACAGCUGAAGAAUAACCCUCGGCACAAGGCUUACCUACAAGGGGUCUCACUGCGGCAGCUGCAGAAAUUAUACAGUUUGCUAAGAUGCCACUUGCAGGGAAAGAGUUUGGCCCAGAGCUUGGAGCAGAUUCAGCAAGAAGAGACCAUUGACCCAGAGGAGGACCUGAACAAACUAGAUGACAAGGAGCUGGCAAAAAGGAAGAGUAUCAUGGAUGAGCUGUUUGAAAAGAACAGGAAGAAGAAGGAUGACCCAGAUUUCACCUACAAUGUUGAGGUUGAGUUCCCACAAGAUGAUCAGCUGGAAUCCUGUGGCUGGGAUGCAGAGUCGGACAAUGAGUUCUGAUAAUGGACAAGGCCUCCUAGAUAAUCAGUAUGGAGAGAACGAACCCAUAUUCUCAUUACACAGAGAGCACAGUUACUGUGUCCAUGAUAUCGCAUCAGUCUACCGAGCUUGACUGACACUGUUUACAAGCCAUACAACUGAUGCAUUUUACAUUGGUAAAUAAGAGAUCAGUGCCUAUGGUGUUUUAGCAGUUUGAGGAAUAGACCAGGGCCGCCCAGAGGGGGGGGCAAAGGAGGCAAUUUGCCCCGGGCCCCGGGCU